GGAUCAGGAAGGAUCAGGAAGUGGAGGUAAACAUGGCUGCAGCUGCUGCUGACAGUUGUGGAGGAAAACCUCUUCAAAACGCCAUGAAAAUGGCCAAAGAAGCGAUUCAGCUGGACGCGGGGAGCAAAUACAAGGAAGCCUACUGUGAAUACCUGCGCACCAUCAACUACAUCUCACACGCACUUUUGGAUGAAGCUGAGUCACAAAAGCAGAGGGACAUGGAGGUGGUGGAGGUGGAGCGGAUGUUGACGCUCGCAGAGCAGUGCGUGGAACGAGCCAAGUCCUUCGUUGAUAAGAGCGCUGACCCCUCUGACCUUUCUGCUUCCACUUCCCCUUCAGCUGCACAAUCAGAGUCUUAUCAGGAGGCCGGCGUCGCCGCCGCAGACACUGGGUGUCAAUCAUCCAGCCCGACAAAGACUAGUCACUGCCGGGUGUUGUCAGACGGGGGCGGGGAACACUCCCCCUUUCUCCCCCCCGAGGUUUUCCAGCAAAUUCAAACAGAGGAGUCACAUGACACGAGCAAAAAGGAGCUGACACCCAUUGAACAAGCGUCACGUCUGAACCAGAAGCUGAAAGCCACUUAUGAAGCUCGUUUGGCGAGACUUGCACCUGGUCAGGCCUAUCAGAAAACCUCUCUGAAGCUCUCGCUGCAGCGGCAGAUGAUGGAGAACCUCAUCAUCGCUAAAGCCAGACAGGACGCUCUGCAGCGGAAGAUGGAGGAGAGAAGACUGAGGCUACAGGAAGAGGCUAACAGGAGAUUCGUGGCCUCCGGUGCGAUGACGGCAGAGGAGCAAGAACAACGGACACUUUACACCAACGUCCUGGAAUAUGAGCAAGACCAUGAUUGGCCCAAACUGUGGAAAGCCAGCAUGAAGGAGAAUCCUGCUGAUGUCACGCUGGUGUCACGUCUCGUCUCCUACCUGCUCAGUCGCUCCGACCACCCGGUGGUGAAGCUGCUGAGGAAACAUCAGAACCGUGUCUACAACAGGCUCUACCCCAUUGUCAGCAAAGGCCUCCCCCAGAGUCCAGCUCUGCUGCUGAGAAUGUCUCGCAGCUCUCACAGUCUCCUUCAUCCAGAGAUUCAGAGGAGGCCGGCCAGCACCGGGAGCAGCAGCGUCGGCAUCGGUUACUCGCCUCUGCCCUCUCACGACCUCCACACACACUGUGAUGACGAGGAGGAGGAGGGGGAGGGGGAGGAGCCUCGCACACAGGUGACAGUGGACCGGGAGAACUCGUUUGAAGACCUGGAGCAGUUCCUCACCCACCUGGACUGGAUCCCAGCAGACGACGCAGGCUCCGAUUUGGAGGUGACCUCUGACCCCUCCAUGCUGAACGAGGAGCAUGUUCAGGAGCUGGAGAUGAGGGCGCUGAAGGAGCAUCUGAAGGUCGUCGUCAAAGAUGUCCACAUCGCCAUUGAUCAGCUCCUGUCUCUGUGUCUCUUGUCCUUCGAGUGUUUAAACACAGCCUCCUCUAAAGAUCUGUGUCUGGCCAGCAUCGAGGAGGCCUUCUUCACGCCUCUGUGGAGCGCCCUGGUGGCCCUCUUCAGGAAGGUGAACGCAGAACAUGAGCAGGCCUUUGAAAUGAGUGUCAAACUCUACCAUGAGGCUUCACCCAGAGACGUCGGCGUUCCCCCGAAACUCUUCCCCCAAGAACCUGGAGUGCUGCAAGGUUCCUACCCCUAUGAGUCUGCUGUGGAGGAGCUGAAGCUUCUGGUGAACAACUGCUGUCCACAGAAGAAGCUGGAGUGUAUCGUUCGGACUCUGCGUAUGAUCUGUGUGUGUGCCGAGGACUACAGGUGCCUGAACGAGCUCGACUCCUCCCCCAAAACUGCUGCCAUCGGUGCCGACGACCUGCUGCCCAUCCUGUCCUACGUGGCCCUGCGCAGCCAGUGUCCUCGGCUGGUGUCCGAGUGCGCAGCGCUGGAAGAGUUCAUUCAUGAAGGGUUUCUGAUCGGAGAGGAGGGUUACUGUCUGACGUCGCUGCAGAGCGCUCUGGCUUACGUCGAGUCUCUGCACACAGAAGGAACUCAGAGGCUGAAAGUAAACCUUUCCAACACUGAACUGUGCGCUGCAGCGCCCCACAGAGGCGACAGCUGAACCUGCACAUGUGUGUCUGCUCUGAGGUUAAACUGUGGCUCAAAUAUUUAAAUGUAUACUCAAACCUAACCCCUCACAUCGACGUCAACCACAUAUAUUACAUGUUCUCUCUUUUACACGCAGGAAAUUAGACAGAAAUGUGUCAAGUUGAGCUGACGCCCCCGUGUGGACGGGGGUUGAAAUUACAGGGGGAAGUCGGGAUGAAAUAUUCUCUCACUUCCUCGUGAUUUCACUUUAAAUGGAAAGACCUCUGCUGGGGGGGGGAUGUAGCGUCAGGUCAAAGGUCACACUGAACUGGUCAAAACCAGGAGAAGAGAAAGUGUGAUAAAAACUCAGAAAUAGUUGUUUUUUAUUGUUUGGGUUUUUUUGUUUAGUUUUAAUAUAAAAAAACAUUGUGUGUGUGUGUUUAUUUUACAAUGAUGGCCAAAUCUCCUCCACAGACUUAAGUGAUUGCACUUUGGGUGGUGAUGCGUUCAGGGACCGCACUCUGGCUCCGUGUCAUGGCGACAACGAUGCGCCGCGGGGGUCAAAGGUCGACAUAGUCCCAGUGAAUGUUAACGUUGUGUUUAUUUUUAAGUUUUAACACUGUUGCACUUUAGUUGUUAGUUUGCGCCAUCUUUUAAGUGUGUGUGUGUGUGUGUGUUUGUGUGUCGACGCACGGAAACGUUGCCAUGUACGACAAACGCCGCUAACGUCGAAUCACGUUUUCAAACAACCAAGUUCUCUCACGACUUGGUUCCUCCUCCUCCUCCUGCUGCUACUGCUGCUACUGUUUUUUGUUGUUUUGUUGUCGUUACAAAGUCGGGCAGUGACACUCGCCGCUCUGCUUCAGGCCACGCCCCCCCCCCCCCCCCCCUUGCCUGGCGCGAAGUGACGCGUACAUGCAAAUUCUCUGUCGCUCUGUCUGUCAGAUUCUUUUUAAAAGAAUCAACAGGACGAGAACCAAGAAUAAACGAACCACUGGAGCGGCGUUAAAGGGACAGUUGUGUGUUUUUUAUUAUUGUUUGUGUGGUUUUGACGCCGCAGACAUUUGUUUCAUCUCUUCCAGACAGUUAUUCAUUUUAUUCAUUUUACAGAGGAAUGAAAAUCGUUUUGUUGAAAUUUCAUCAAACAUCUACGACGUGUGGAAAUAAAGUGUCUUUUGGAUAAAUGUGGCGUUGAUGCUGUGAUGUGGACGAGGUUCAAGUUUGUCUGUGUAGUUGUGUGAGACACUGAUGUGAAAACACAAGACUGUGAAUAAACUCUACGUCUGUUUUCACGUCCUUAUCUCACUGUGAGACAGACUUCUGUGAACCACUCACUCUCCCACACCAAACCUCAUAGAGAAAAUCAGUGAUUUUAACAUCACAUUGUAAUUUUCGGCUUUCAAAAUCCUUCAUUUGCAUUGACUUCAGUGACACAAAGUGACCACUUGAGGCAGCAGUAGACCAGCAUCUCUUGUGUCCCUGCGAGCUAAAAUCACUGAUUUUCUCUAUGAGGUUUGGUGUGGGAGAGUGAGUGGUUUACAAACUUCAGUUUCCUGUUGAUAAAAGUCUGUCUGACAGUGAGAUAAAGACGUGAACGUGUUCUUAAAGACUCCACCCCCUUCUAUGAAACACGCUGCUGUAGAGAAAGCUCUUGCAACUGCACUUUAAAAACCUGAACUGUCCCUUUAAUUCUCUGAAAAAUGGAAACUGGUUGAAGCCGCAAGCGGGAAAACCCUUUCAGAUAGACAGUGAUUACAUUAUGAGCUAAAACAUGUAAAAAAAAAAAAACACAGUUAAGAUUCAAACUUUUUUAAAUGUCAUUUUAUUUUAUGUCGUAUUUGUUUGCUUGAUUUUACGUUUGUUUUUUUUGUUACUUUUGGGUCCAAAAGAUGUGAAACCGACGAGUCGCUCUAAUAAAUGUUGUCAUUCUAAUUGUCAUUGUCGGGAAAGUGCGUUUUCUUUUUUUGCAAAGUGGAUUAAACCACUACGUUAAUGUCAACGACAGUUUGUAAGGAUGUGAACGUUGUUACGAUCGUUGUUAAAUCUCUGAACUGUGAACGCUGGAGAACGAUAGACUGACGAGAGAAGAGUCAAUAAAGAGAAGUGAAAUAUCAA